AUCUGCGUUUGACCAUUCGAGGCUCAUAUGUGGCGCUUCGUUUAUUCAUGCGUGGUCACUAUUCUGCUCUAAGCAACUUCAACGAUCUCCUCUGUCAUGGAGUUGAAAUUUCUAGUCUUGGUGCUCGACCUUCUUGCCGUUUACACCACGAAAUUUUGGGUUGACGCAGCCCAAGACUACUGUACUAGUAAUGUAGCGAGUGCUUCGGCCACGACACGCCUGAAGAAAAGGUUGCUUUGCGAUUACGAUCCCACUGUUCCUCCCGGAAAUCCUGGUGAAUCAACGGGUGUCCUUCUCACUCUGUACCCGAAAUUCAUCGAUUUCGACGAAAGCUCAAAUACUAUGGUAUUUCACGCUUGGUUGGCAAUGAUGUGGCGAAUCAGAGGACUCAGGUGGUCCGAUAAAGACUCACCCCUACUUCACGUUGCGAGCGACGAAAUUUGGGUCCCACCUAUAGCUCAUUACAACUCCGCGGGAAAAAGUAGGGGCCCUAAUGGAAUACCGAAAUCGGAGUGUUUGAUAUCCCCUAAUGGGCACACACUUUGUGUAGCAAGCUUAAAGUACGUUUCGAACUGCGUCACAGAUUACCGGAACUGGCCCUUCGACAGACACAAGUGUACAAUAGUUCUUGCUUCCUGGGCUUAUAAGGCGGAGGAAAUAGAUUACCACGCUAUGAAUCAUUGGGAAAUGUUUCCGGGUAUAAGCGUAUUCAAUUUUACACCCAACGCCCAAUGGAAGCUCCUGGCACUUGAGCAUACUCAGGUAGAGGAUGGAAUCGCUGAGGGUUACACAUUUCCAACGAUCAUAUACACCGUCGCUAUUGCACGGAACUCAGCCUCCAUGCGAACUGUUAUUUUAGCGCCUGCAAUUCUGCUAGUCGUCCUGACUUUAACGGUGCUCUGGUUGGACCCGAUUUCCGUUGAGCGAUCGGUAGUGGCAGUCCUCAACUUGAUUUGCAAUCUAAUCUGUGUCAUGAACUUGAACGAGCAGGUCCCUUUCAACGGUUCGACCACACCCUCGAUAUUGGUAUUUCAUCAGGGUUCCAUAGUUAUUGCCAGCCUUGCUCUACUCCUGACGAUUCUCCUGCGUCAAAUGAUGAAAUUGUCGGUUUCCGCUCCUGACUGGUUGGCAUCGGCUGCCUCCUCAAUCCUGGCGAGCAGGGCUGGACAAUUGAUCCUACUAACAACUUUGGACCCGAAAGCUGCUGCGGCUGUCAGAGCAGACGAAGAAAGUGCUGGAUUGACGACCUCGAGUGAUUCUUCGAUUCAAAUCAAGUCCGGAAGCACCAACGUUUGGCGGCAUUUAGCCGCUCUACUAGAUCGCCUGGCUUUUGCCAUUGUCUUACUUACAUAUCUCAUUAUGAUAAUUGUUCUCACACCUAGGAACGACGUCUUUGAGGUACCCGAUGUGCCUACGUUCGAUUUCCGGUUCUAG